AUGUCACAAACAUCUAUUAAAAUAGAAUGUAUUCAUAUACUAGCAAACAAUUUAACUGAAAAGCUUGGUUAUGUACUUUUAAGAAUAAAAGAAGCACAAACUGUUAAUCUCAUGUCAAAUGAUCAAGUAAGUAAUAUUGAUAUUAAUGCUCGAAAUUAAAAAAUAAUAGAAGAGGGACUGUGAAACUUGAAAAAAAUUAGUGUCCUUAGUAAUUUUAAACUCAACGUAACUGGGUAAUUUUCUCCCACAUCUCUAUAUACCACCUUUCAAACAUACCUCAAUUAAUUGGUAAUUUCCAACAAAAAAAAAACAAUAGCCAAUAAUACUCCUGUAGACUACAGAUUUGCUUAAAUAUUUUGUGUAUAUUACCAUUAAUAAUUAUAUAAUAUUAAAUUCUAAAAGAAAAAUAAAAAAUUUUGAAUACAUCUAAGUUGAUAAGACAUUGUUUUUGUAAUAUAUCAUUUCUAAAAAGAUAAAUACAUAUAGACAUGUGGUCCAUCCAUCUCAAUAUACAGUGAGUGUAAAAGGUAUUCGUACACUCUACAUUUUUAAAUAAAUAUUCAUUUUUCUUCGUGACAUUUUAUUUUUCUCGAUGAAUUAAUACAUGCAUAUUAUUCUUUUACGAUUUUUAAUUAAAUUUAAAAAAAACCAUGACAACAGUUAUAUAUAAUAUUCAAUAACAAACAAAACAAUAAACAUAUAAUAGUAAAAAAAUAAUAAUAAUAAUUUUUUUAAUAAUUAAUAAUAAUAUUCAAUAACAAACAAAACAAUACAUAUAAAAUAGGAACAAUAAAUAUUCGUACACUUCUAUUUUAGUUACGGAAUCACCUGUUUACUCACAAUAAUGUUAUUAGAAAACGAUAAAAUAUACAAAAUGUCACAUUAAAACUUUGUCCCCGACCACGUUACAAGAUUAUACCAAUUCAGUUAGCUUCGAAAUAUUAUUGGAAUAUCAUCUAUUACAAAAUGAGUCGAAAAAAAUGCGAGACAAAUAAAACUGAACGUGAACUAAUUCUGCGGUUGCAUAAUCAAUGCCAAUCAUUACGUCAAAUAUCAAAAAUUGUCAACAGAGCUCAUAGCACUGUGAAAGACGUGAUAGAUCGAUACAGUGAUCGGAAAAGUCACGAAAAUAAGCAACGAUCUGGUCGUCCAAAAAACUUUCUGACCAUGAUAAACGUAUAGUUUAACGAAAAGUCAAAUUGAAUCCAAAAAUAAGCGCUCCUAAAAUAGCACAAGAUCUUGCGAAUUUUUUUGGAAUACGUGUUUGUGUAAGUACAAUUAGAAAUUGUUUAAAAAAUAGUGAUUACCAUGGACGAGUAGCUUGUCGAAAAUAUUUUGUAAAUAAAAAAAAUAGACAAAAGAAAUUUGCUUUUGCAAAAGAUAACUUACAUCAAUCUGAUAACUUUUGGAACAAAGUUAUAUUUAUAGAGGAAAGUAAAUUUAAUAUUUUUGGCUCUGAUGGAAGACGUUUUGUUUGGAGAAAAGCAAAUACAGAAAUGGAACCGAAGAAUUUACAGUCUACAGUGAAAUACGGAGGAGGUUCUAUAAUGGUUUGGGGAUGUAUAAGUGCUCAGGGUGUUGGAAACUUGCACUUUAUUGAUGGAAUUAUGAACCAAUAUAUUUAUUUAAAUAUGUUGAAGACAAAUCUUGCAGCUAGUGCCGAAAAAAUGGGCAUCAAAGAUGAUUUCAUAUUUACACAGAACAAUGAUCCCAAACAUACUGCAAAAAAGUUAAGGCUUGGUUGUCGAACAAUGUAACUGAAUAUCUUGUGACGCCACCACAGUCUCCAGACAUUAUUCCUAUUGAGAUUUUGUGGGAUUAUUUGGACAGAAAAAUUCGAGAUCACAAUAUUUCAAGUAAGGAAACUCUAAAAAAAGCUCUAGAAGAGGAAUGGAAUAAAAUUACAGCAGAAACAAUACGUCAUCUGGUUGAUUCAAUGUCUAAGAGGUUGGAGNUAUUAUUAUUUUUUACUAUUAUAUAUUUAUUGUUUUGUUUGUUAUUGAAUAUUAUUAUUAAUAUAACAUUUGUCAUGGUUUUUUUUUUUUUUUUAAUAUAAUUAAAAAUCGUCAAUGAACAAUAUGCAUGUAUUAAUUUAUCGAUAAAAAUAGAAUAUCACGAAGAAAAAUGUAUAUUUAUUUAAAAAAAGUAGGGUGUACGAAUACUUUUUAAACUCACUGUAAGUAAUUAGUAAAGGUGCCUUAAAAAAAAAAACAGAAAAAUAGUACAGGAGUUACAUUCCUCUCUAUAGUUCUCCCAGUUAAAGCACUGCUUUAUACACAAUCUAGUAUUAAUUAAAGUUACUUUAUUCUUAAAAUAACUCAAUAUUUUAGAUGGAAAAUAAAUCAUAUAAAUUAAUUGGAUCAAAAAAAAAUUGUAAUUAUAGUCUUAUUAUGUCAUUAACAAUUGAAGAUUGUAUUGUUAAGAAAAUGGAUAGUAAAAAACCACCUACACAAAUUAAACAUUUAAAAAUAACCAACAACCUAAAUGAUAAAAUAAAUGAUUUAGAAAAAGGUACGUAAAAUAUCCAUGUACUAACUAUUUAUUAUAAUAUCUAGUACCUUACUAAAAACUCUGAACAUCUAUACAUGUUAGAAUAAUAUAUGUUGGUUGAAAAUAAAUACAAUAUAAUAACAUAAUACAAUUAUAAGUAAUGUUACGGGAGAAUCCGUAACAGUAAUACUUAUAUUUGUAUUUUGAGAUCUGAAGGGAAAUCUCAACAAGAUCUAUUUAUAUAGAGGUAUUUAAAAACUUAAAUAUAUAUAUCCAUGUAACUAUCAUUUAUAAGAAAAAUGUAUUAUUUUUUAUCAUAGAAGAAAAUGAUCAUUUUGAAGAAAAUGAUGAAAUAAAUUUGCCAAAAAAUGACGUUAAUAUGUUAGAACAGACAGAACAUUUACCAGCACAAAGCGAAUCAGUGUAAUUUGUGAUUUAUUGUUCAGUUUUAUAUAUUUUAUAGAGUUUUAUACUGAAUGCAUGUUAAGAAUAUGACUAGUCACACAGACAAAACAAUUUCUUCCACCACCACAUUCACUAUAAUAUCGCAAUAUUUAGGUGACCAAAUAUAAAGAAAACAAAUUAGUAUCUGGUCAUACUUUUAUCAUAAACAAAGUAUAUAUAAUUGAUUCAUACAAACUAAAAUUUAUUUAAUAAACUAAAUUUUUUUCUUUAGAAAUGUAUUCUCUUUAGAUGUUCAAAAGAAAUAUAUUGAUGAAUUAGAAAAUUGGAAAGAUAAACAAAUGAUUCUAUUUAUUGAAAAGGUGGAAAUUAUAUUUGUAUUAUUAUAAAUACAAACUCUACCAUACCAUUUUUGGUUUUUUUUUUUAAUUAUAAAAUUUGUAUAGUUGAAAAUUAAAGAAGAACAGUUAUUUAAGGAAUUUAACAAAAAUUUGUUAGAUGACAGAAACCGUAUUCAAGAACAUCUUUCCAAUGAAAUAUUGGAAUGUAAAGCAUUAGCUGAAAAUGUGGAUAAAAUGGUUAAUAAGUUAAAGGAAAGGGGAGCUAUAAUUACAGCCAAAGAACUUGAAGUAAAUUGCCUAGUUAGUUUUAUAUUUUUAACAUUUUUUUUUUAGAAUUAAAAUUAAAAUUGAUACUUUGCAGUUUGCUUGUCAAAAAGAUUCAAUAGAUAAUAAAUACAAUAGUUUAGUGCAAAAUAUGAUUUCUGAUAGACAAGCAAUUAAUGAGCUUAAUAUUAAAAUCAUUGAACUAACAACAAAAUUACAUGAUUCAGAAAAAAAAAAUAUUUUAAUAAAACAAGAAAAUAAACAAUUAAAAAAUGAUUUCAAUACCAACUGUAGCUUCCAAAUACAACAUUUGAAAAAUAAAAUUGUAUGUAUUUCAAAUGUUUAUUUAAUAUUAUAUCAGUGGCACAACCAAAAUUUGUUUGAGUGGGGUUGUCACGUGUCUACAUAUAAAAAGAACAUGGUUUUUUUAACACAUUUUAAUACAUUUUUAUUACUUAAAAUAGAUAGAGAAGAGUAUCCAGAUACCCAAUACACCUCCCCCCCUGGUUGCACCACUGUAUUAUGUGUAUUUAAUUAAUAAAUGGGUAUGUUUAGUCAAAUUUAGAGAGUAAAUAUGCAAAAGCUAAUCAAUCAUCAAUGUUCUACAAAGACCUCUGUAUAACAUAUUAUAGAAAAAUUAAUCAAAUGUAUAGUACAUACCAUGGAAGUAAAACCAAUGGAAAUUUAGUCAACCAGAAACAAAAGUAAAUAUUUAAAAAAAAAAAAACUAUAUUUGGCAAUUAAAAUAAUUUUUAUAUUUUGAGAAUUAAAUAGCCUUUUUAAAAUUUAUAAUUGAAUAAUAUACGAAUGUACAUUUUAAAUAUAUUUUUAUAGUGUUCAAAACAUAUUCACUAAUCAAUUUGUUGACCAGCAACAAGAUGAUGGUGAAAUAAAACAACUUUUAAAUAAAUUGAGAUAA